CGAUCCCGAUAACAACUGCCAACAAUUUCAUUUUCUCUUUUUCGCUACUGUCAAGCUCAACUAUCCCUGCCGUCCUUUUUCUUCUUUCAGUUUUUGCUCGUAUAUAUUUUCCGACGAUCUAGGGUUUCUACUUCAAUAAUCAUGGCCGAUUGGCAGCAGUAUCUACAGUCGAUAAUCUUCGGUCUCAUUUUCUCUUUCCUUCUCGCCAAGCUUUUCUCUAUUAUCUUCGCUUUCCGUGAUGAAAAUCUCCGGAUUACGCGCGCGGAUUCUUCCGAGGCUGAAGAGAAAACAUCACCGGAGGAAGCAGGGGUUUCAGAAGAUACUGAGCCGUUGAUUCAGAGGAACGACGGCGGUUUGAAAGGGAGUUCCGUGAGUGGUGGUGAAGAUAGCGAUGAUGAUUGGGAAGGUGUAGAAAGUACUGAGUUGGAUGAGGCGUUUAGUGCUGCGACAGCGUUUGUGGUUGCUACGGCAGCUGAUCGGUCGCAUAAGGUAUCAAAUGAGGUGCAACUGCAGCUCUAUGGGCUUUAUAAGAUUGCGACUGAGGGACCUUGCACUGCUCCACAGCCAUCGGCUCUCAAAAUGACUGCUCGUGCCAAAUGGCAAGCAUGGCAGAAAUUGGGUGCCAUGCCUCCUGAAGAAGCCAUGGAGAAGUAUCUUGAUAUCGUGACCGAGUUAUUUCCUUCCUGGCUUGAUGGGUCUGCAAAUAAAAAGAAGGGUGAAGAAAGUAGUGGUGCACAUAAUGCAGAUACUAGAGGGCGGCCGAUGGGACCAGUUUUCAGUACCUUCAUUAGUGAGGAGGAUUCCGAAAAUGAGUUAAAAUUGGAUGAGAUACAUGCCUUUGCACGAGAAGGGGAUGACGAGAACUUGCUUAAGUGCAUUGAGAGUGGCGUUCCUGUGGAUGUGAAAGACAGUGAGGGCCGUGCCCCCUUACACUGGGCUGUCGAUCGUGGUCAUCUCAACAUCACUAAAUUGCUUUUAAGCAGGAAUGCAGAUGUAAAUGCCAAGGACCUUGAAGGCCAAACGGCACUGCAUUAUGCUGCUGUUUGUGAAAGGGCAGAUAUUGCUGAGUUUCUCGUAAAGCAUGGUGCUGACGUAGAGAUCAAGGAUAAUGAAGGUGACUGCCCUCGUGAUGUCUGUGAGUUGCACUGGCCUUGGUUGCAGCAGGCCACUGUCCACAACUAACGUACAUCAUAUUUUGUCUUUUUUCCUCCUUUUCUACUGAUCGAUCAUGUUACUGCUGUACAUGCUUAUGUAGCCACCUAUUUAUCAUCUUUCGAGGAAUGGAUUUUCUCUUCUAGAUUUUAGUAAAGCAUGCUAUCUUUUGUAGCUUCUGUGCUGUCACUUAAAAACAGAGCAUGGAGCAAUAAGAUUGCCACUUGAAGAAAGGAAUCAAUGGGUCAAUUGUUUUUGCUUUUGAGGUUUUUACUACAUUGGUUGCUUACCCUUCUUAAUGCCAGGGUAACAUUGUUUCUAAAAAUUGGAAGUUCAAAUAUAUUAUCAAUUACAUUAUUA